GUAUGAGUACUGUGAUUGUGAUUGUUACCACUGGUGAACUCCCAGAGUUCGCCAGAACGAGUGACUAUAUACAAUUUCCUUGUCCUUUCCCCCUUGAGUCUUGAUCGUGCGAUCGCUGCUGCGAUCCUGCGAUCGUUACCCAAGUGCUCGUCUUGAUCGAAGUGCGAUCACUGCGAUCACUUCCUGAUUGGUCCUUAGGUCUUGUGGUUCCUGAUUGGUUCUGUGCGCCUUGCCGGGUCGCCUUAUGCAGCCAAAUCGUGACACGAUGCCCCUCCUUCAGGUCUUUCGUCCUCGAAAGACUCCGGUCCGUUUCAAAUAGCGCCAUCAUCCCCUGUCUGUACGUAAUUGCGUUUCCCAGUUUCUUCCUUCCUUUGCCUUCCCACGAUGUUGUCGAGAUGGCUGAUCGUGUGAGAAAGAAGUCGAAAUCUAAACCUGCUGCGUCGACUCUUCGUGCCAACCAUCUCCUGGCCGCGAUUCUCUCCUCGGAUAAUCUUUUAACGAUGCGUCCUUGUACGCCGUGCGAGUCCAAAGGCCUUAGUUCGUGCGAGGUUUCGAAAAGCGAUUCUUCUCGAUGCGCAGAGUGCGUUCGCAACAAGCGUUCGAAUUGUGACGUUCUUGGCGUUUCUCCUGCUCAGCUUCGGUCUAUUGCGGCUCAGCAUCAAAAACUUGAGGAUGAGCUUAUGGCUGCUGAGGAGCGGGUCCUUCGUCUCCGGAAACAGAAGCGAAUGUGGUUUGAGAAGAUGAUGAGGGCUAUCGCUCGGGGUAUCGACAGUGUGGAGGAGUUGGAGCGAGUGGAACGUGAGGAGGCUGCGGCGGCGGUGGCAGCGGAAGCUUCUGGGGUUACUGCGUCUUCUUCGACCCCAUCUCGCCUGUCCGCCGAUUUCGGACAGCUUUGGGAUGCCGUGUAUCCUGAAGUUCCUUUGGAUCCGUCCUUGCUGGCCGAUUUCGGGUUGGUUUCGGGUUCGUCGCUUUCGGUCGGUCAGGGUUCCUCUGGUGGAACUGCUGAAGUUUCUCGGGGCAACUCAGGUUCUUAACUGGUUCCCAUGAGUUGUCUUCUGGCCCAAAAUCAAGCCAUUUGACCAGGUACUGCAGUUCUCCGUUGAUGAUGCGUGAAUCCAGAAUUUCUUCGACGUCCCAUUCUUCCUCUUCGUCCUCUGCUUCGAUGUGCGUGGCAACCUCGGCGUUCUUUGGUGCUGGUUCGAGAAGUGAAAUAUGAAAAAC